AGAUUUACAUAUUUUGGCUCAUUAUAUCAAGAAACUUUGAGAUAUGUAGGUGUUUUUUUACAACUGGAAAACUUACACACGCAAGCACGUGCAGACUAUAUAGUCCUCUGUCUGUAUAAUAGCACCAUUACAAGAUUAACUCAAGAUGAUACCUGAUGAAAUAAAGCAGUGCAUAAUUAAAAUGUUUUAUAAAGGAUAUCCUUAUAGACUGAUGCACUACAUACUGGAAAAAAAAAAGAACUUUCAGAUAAGUUUCCAGUAUUUGCAGCAUAAAGUUAUCCCCAGGUUAGGUUUAAAGAGAAGGAACUGUAGAAUUGACAUUGAUACAGCAAUCUCAUUGGCAGUGAGUGAAAUCCAGAAUGGUUGUAAUGGAUGUGAAAAUUUACGUCGUUCACUGAAAAUAAAAUACCACUUGCAAAUAACAAGGUCUCUUUCCAGGGAACUUGUUAGAAUUUUAGAUGCUGAUGGUAUUGAAAGACGUAAAGGUAGAAGAUUAAGGAGAAGAAAAUAUAUAUCCAGGGGUCCUAACUAUGUGUGGCACUUGGGUAAGUAA